AUGGGCAUUUCAAGUGGUAAUACAUUUGGAGGUGGAUCUGGAUUUGGAUUAACCUCUGAUGUGGACUCCUUCUCAAGCAAAUUUAAAGUUCGUUCCAUUGCUUCAGUUGCUGCUCCGACUAAAGGCAAGGGAAUGAAACUAGGGAAAUCACAAAGAACAAACGAGUUCUUGGAAUCACGGAAAGCUGAAGGAGACACAUGGAACAUUCCUUCCAAUUGGAAGACUAAAGUAUUGUUCUGUGAUCAGGUUUUGACUCAUCGUGUGGGUUCAAUGUGUAUGCUUUCAUUGAUAUAUUUUGAGAUCUUGAAGAUGCUUCUUAUGUGGGGUCUUGUGAAUUAUGAUGUUGAAAUAUUGUCACCAAAUGAUUCUUAUGGUUCUCCUAGAGGCUAUCUCAAACAGAGAAGUACAGAGUAUGAUCAUCAACAUAUCAUGACAACUGAAUCACUAAUACUGAAGGUGGCUUUUGUCUUUUUUGUUGAGAUAUUCACUUGCAGGUUCAUCUACUAA